UCGAUGUCACUGAGCCACAAAGGUUGUUUAAAUCUUUAGACUUAUUAUUGUUCUUUGGUGACUGUUUCUCUGAAAUUUGGAGUUAUGCGCUUUAAAUUUGCUGGUUGGAGGUGUCUAGUAAUUGCAAAGCGCAACUUCAAUUCAGCAACCUUUAAUGUUUUUGCCAUUUAAGAUUUUAUAUUGCAAUUUUGCCUCAAUCUACAGCUUCCCCUUGACCCCUAUAUAAACAGCUAUAAUAAGUUCACCGUUUUGAUUCUCACAAAGAGACUUGGCCAUAAAAGAAAACAAAAGAAGCAACAGAUUUUGAUCAUUGUCCAAUUCAUCAGUCAUGGUCUCCCUUCAAACUACUAUAUCACAAGAUUUGCCUAAGAAGAGAAAGUGGGGAGAAAUCAAAGCAGAAGAAAUCUCUGAAAAGCCACAGCAAGUGAUAUCUCUAUUUGGCACCGAGUUUCAGCAUGAAAGGCCUCUGCCUUUGGAGUGGCAACAGUGCCUUGAUAUUAAGUCUGGAGAUAUAUACUUCUAUAACACAAGAACACAAAAGAGAACAUCAAGAAAUCCUAGAAUGAGUCCUGAGCCACAAAGUCCAGAUCAUAUGAGUUUAGACCUUCAACUGAAUUUACCAUGUGGAUCAUCAGUGGUUGACAACUUCACUAAACGUAAUUCUGUUAGCAAUUCAAGUUACUCCGGUGGUGAUACCGAGAUCAAAAGGAGUGGUAUCGCUCGUUCUCUGUCGUGGUUGACGUUUGAUGGUGAUCAACAAGAGAUGUUCACUGCAGUUUGCAACAAGUGUCAUAUGUUGGUGAUGAUGUGCAAAUCUUCAACAUCAUGUCCAAACUGCAAAUUUAUCAACCCGGCACCAGACCUGAGUAUACCCUGUUCAAGAGAAGGCUAAGCAUCUCAUGUUUAAUAAAAGAAGUAUUCUAGUUACCAAAGAUUGAGAGUAAAGUGUAGCGAUAUGAUAAGUGUGGAUUCAUAUAACCAGCCUAAGUUUGCUUGGAAUUGAGACGCAGCUGUUGUUGCUUUUCAAGUUACGAAAGAUUGUCUGUUGUAUCAGUUGAGCUGCAAGCUUUUAAAUA